UUCUCUCCCUCUCUAUCGUUUUCUCCACGGCCACGGCCACGGCCACCGCCACCGCCACGAGAAUGACAGGUAGCGGGUGGCGGCGGGGAGAGGAGGUACGGCUGGGCCGCCGGAUUAGCUUGACUGGAGGCGUGGCAUGUGGGGGCCAGGGUGUCCCCGCGGAGCGCGGGCCACCGCCGGAACUCCGGCUACUUCGGGGGUGGUGGAGACCGCCCCUUUAUUGAAGUUUUGCGCCGCAUCGUCUCCAGUCGCAACAUCUUCGUGGUGGCUGCGUCUAGAACACAACCCAUUGGCUUAAAAAUCCGAUUUUUAUUCCGGGAAAGUUCGAUCUUUUACGUUCUUCGGUUUAGAAAUAUCUCUCAGAAAAAUUCGAUUUUUAUUUUCAUGCUGCUGAUUUCUUUGGGGGAAUUUGGAGAUGCCCAAGUGAAAAUCUUAACUAGCCGACUGACUCGACCUCGAAGGGUGUGUUUGGCAGUGCCUAUGAAUAAAAAAAAAUCUUUUGCUGCUUUGUAGCAAAAGAGUGCUUCUAGGAAAAAAUAAAUAUUUGGUAAUAGAAAAAGUGCUGCUAUAAGAAGAAAAGUCUUCUUCUAGGAGAAGUUAGAAGGCCUAACAUCUGGCUUCUGCUUCUCUUUUUGGAAAGCAGAAGCAACAUCAGACAUGUCAAGCCUAAAACUUGGACUCUCCAAUUCCUCUUGCUUCCAGCUGUAUCCACCGUUUUAAAUACCAUGAAACGGGUCUGUCCUGGUUUUUCCAUGGAACGGGAUAUCCUGCGGAUCAACACUUGGAAUGGUGGAUGCUUUGUCCUGUUCUGGUCCAUUUCCUAACUUGUCCAGUCCCAACACUGGGGAUGGUAGGAUGCCUCGCGAGUAUUUAAAACCUUCCUGCUGCCACCCACAGCCUUUGAUCCCCCUAUCCUCUACCUCUCUCGUGUUCCUUCCACGAUCUGAGUGACCUUUCUCUAUAGAUCUCAAAAGAAACUUGUUAUAUCUUGUUUCUCAAGAAAACAAAAAAGAGGUAAAAGAAGAGGUUAGGGGGAUAGAAGGGAGGAGGAAAAGAUGAACAAGGAUAAGAUUUUUAAGUUGGCAAAGGGCUUUAGGGGGAGGGCAAAGAAUUGCAUAAGGAUAGCAAGGGAGAGGGUGGAGAAGGCCUUGCAGUACUCCUACAGAGAUCGCCGCAACAAGAAGAGGGACAUGCGCUCCCUCUGGAUCGAGCGAAUCAAUGCUGGCACACGCUUGCAUGGGGUGAAUUAUGGUAAUUUUAUGCAUGGAUUGAUGAAGGAGAACAUCCAACUGAACAGGAAAGUGCUAUCAGAGCUGUCAAUGCAUGAGCCAUAUAGCUUCAAAGCACUUGUUGACAUUUCUCGCAAUGCAUUUCCAGGAAACAAGGUCCCAAAGAAGGAAGGUCUAUCGACUGUGUUGUGAGAAUGUCUCUUUUCAGAUGUUCUGUUGAACCUCUGUAUUCCUUUGUCUUUGUCCAAAACCAGGACCAAGAUGGUCCAAACUUGGGGAACGUUGUAGAUGCCGUUCUUUUAUUCAUAUUGUGGCCAUCGCUUUACAUAUGGGAAGCAUCAAUUUGGUAUUAUACCGAACCAUUUUGUCUCUUCAACACAUUUCACUUGAUAUCAACAAUGUUGAGUUAUUGAUA